AUGCUGUGGACAACUCUUGCUCUACUAUCCGUCGCCAUUGCCGAGCCCGUCACCUUCCUGUCGGCGGUUCCACCAUACACGACAUGCAUGGAAUCGGUGCUGACAUGGCAAGGCGGGGCACCGCCGUACGCUGUCAAGGCCAAGGUUGACGGCAACUUUCGCAUCAUACAGCAACACUGGAACGACACGACCUACAAGUUCGUCGUGGACUCUCAGCCAGGAAGAAGCCUCGACAUCUUCAUCGAAGACGCGUCUGGGGAGAGUGGGGAUCCGGGGCAGAACUCGUUCAAAUCAAUCAUACGAUCCAAUGAAGGACAUACUUGCCCGCUGUACGUGUUCCCGGCGGAUACGAACACGUCAUGGGCCCCGGCCACCGUCACUGUAACCUCGACUCCCUCGUCUAGCCCGACAGACGAGUCUGCCCAGAGUGGAGGCUCGGGCUCGGGCUCGAAGAGCCGCAUUGGAGAGAUCCUGGGCAUUGUCGGUGGAGUCGUCGGCAUCCUCAUCAUCUUGGGAUUACUGUUCUGGAUUUGGCAUCUGCAGAGGCGGUUGCGGGGGAGGGAGACUCGCAUCUAUGAGACGGUCGUCGACCACACGGUGCAUCCUUACUUCAACAUUGAAGAGCCGAGCCCCGUCCACGAGCAUGCGCCACUUCCGAGCUCUCAUCCUCCGCCUAAUGCUAAGAUGAUGGACAUCAACAGGAUGCUCGAGCACUCCCCGCGACCCACACUCUCGUCGGCAUCUCCACAUCAUUCUCUGCAAGAGCGGCCUGGGCUGUCGCCCGUCGUAUCUUACCCUCUGUCCUCCUCAGCUCCGUUCUCUCCUCUUUCUUCGACUCAGGCGCUACAGGCUCAGCAGCAGUCCCAAGCUCCUCCGCGACAGGCAGACCAGGAGAGCGAGUACGCCGAAGACGGUGGCCCAGCCUUUCCCCCUCCACCACGCACCGUUCACCCGCCCCAUUACCGCGACACAUGGAAGAGCUGA